AUGGCGCCCUUCGGCAAAAUCUACUCGUAUCCUGGCAACUGGCGGGUGCAGCGUGCCCAAGUCGUUGCCGCCCUGAACGGGCUCGACGUCCCUCUUGUGGACGACUUCAAGAUGGGUGAGACAAACCGCUCGCCCGACUACUUGUCCAAGUUCCCCAUGGGCAAGGUUCCCGCCUUGGAAUGCGCCGACGGCUUCUGCAUUGCCGAGGGCGCGGCAAUUUGCAUGUACCUGGCCGGCAAUGGUCCCGCCGCUGAGCAGCUCCUCGGCCCCACCGGCGAUGCGAAGACCAAGGCGCGCAUUGCUGAGUGGUCGUGCUUUGCCGAGAACGAGCUCACCCUCAACAUCAUGAUCCCCGCCGUGAUGUCUGUCUUCAAAGUGAUGCCCUACGACGAGAAGCGCUACGACUUCCAUGCCGCCAAUGUGGAGCGUGCGUUGAAGCGACUAGAGGUUGCCGCCAAGGGGAAGAAGUACUUGGUCGGCGAGCAGCUCACAUUGGCUGACAUCAUGGUGGCUGGCCCCCUCUUCUUUGGCCUUGCGUUCCUCGUUGACUCCGAGAUGAAAAAGGCCGUCCCGGAGACGGUGAGAUACUUGCAAGGCCUGUCGGAAUUGCCCGAGUUCAAGGCCGCGUUUGGCGACCUGAAGAGCAUCGAGACUCGGCUCAGGCCGUGA